AUGUUUGCACUCAGGAGAAAGGCAGUUGAAUCUGCUGGGCGUCUUCCUGCAGCUGUGAGCCGGAGGACUUCCCCAUAUUCGACCGCACACCCCGAGAAAGCCGGCGAUCAUGGACAUCACCAUCACCACGAAGGACCCAAGACAGAGUCGCUUGGAACCCAGUUCUUCGUCGCUCUUGCCAUCGUUCCCCUCUCCUUAGGAGUCUACGCCGUGUCAAGACCGGAUGCUCAGGGUCAUCCACGAGGCUUCUCAAACUUCAUUGGAAGCUAUUACACGGAAUACAAGGACCGAUGGACGCGAACGAACAGUAUCCAUACCGCUGCAUUAGAGGCGGCUGCUUUCGAUCGCAACCUGUUCCAGAGCACCCCAGGAACCAAGCAUGUUGAUCUGAGAUUUCCAGAAAUUUUCAACACCGGAUCUCCAUUCAACGUUUCGGCUGGCCAGGGACCAAGGAAUAUGGAUGCGUUGGUCGCGCAUUACGAGAAGCAAAACUCAGAUGCAGAGGAGAAGAAGGCCAAGGCGUUGGCAGCGAAGCAGAGCUAG